AUUUCAGGUUGCAAUGCUCGAUAUUGGUGUCCCGUCAGUAAUGUUCGUUACAAAUAGCUUAUCUGACUCAGGUUCCCCGAUCAAGUCACUCUAUGUGAAAUCUUCUUCAGCUCCCACUGACUCAAAAAGUGAUCCAACUAAUCAGAAUUCCAUAAAUUCUGAAGAAGAUUUAAUCUUGUGCGCAAUGACCAAGGAUGGACAGACCAUUCUUUUGGAUGGCAAUACUGGGAAAAUAGUCGCCUCAUGCUUGAGACCUCAAAAGAACCCAACUGCGAUUUGUAUGCACAUUAUAGAGGAUUGCUAUGAGAACUCUGAAACGCCCAGUGCAAAACCAGCUGGAAAAAUCACUGGGAAGGAGAAAAAUGGAAACAGAUCUCAUAUAAUCGAUGCUAGUGAGAGUCAUUCACCAGUUGGUGAACAGAAUCCUGUCACAGAAACAAAAUUUGUUGAUCAGAGAUUUGCGAACUCGUUAUUUCUCAUAUGUUAUGAGGAUGCUCUCCGCUU